AUCUUCCUUCGACCAUGGUAAAUGUCCAAAAUAUAUGAUAACCAUGUGCGUUCUGCGUGUUGGGGAAUAUUAUGUGAAUCGAAAUUAUACAGCGUUUGUCAUUGAGUCCGUGGACCGUGUCUAAUGUGUUGACGAAAGUCAAAAUCGAAUCACGCCCUUGAUUUUAAUGUAUUUUGUUGUAAAUUUUUUUUAUGUGAUUGAAUAAUUUUAAAAUGAACGGUUCUAAAGAAGAAAUCAAUUCGUCGUUGUUCCAUAAAUCGACCAAUGUAGACCACCCUGCGAUACCUGUUGUACAAAAUGUGGAAAUGAAAUUGCUUUUGCCCGUUAAAAAAAAUCAAAAAAGACUUUUACUCGGAAGUGGAGAAAAAAUUAUGAUUAUUAAUCUUUAUAAAUCCAAAAUCCAAAACCAACCUAAUAUGAAGUAUGAAGUUUUAAUGGAAUCUUUGUCUAAAGAAACCGGAAUCGGAUUGCGUAUAGUUAAAGCAACUGUAAGCGAGUACAAAAGAACAAAAGAACAAAAGUACAAAAAAACGGGUACUGUGAUGUCACCUCGGAAGUCACCGUCUAGAAAAAAAAAUCCUCCGACAAACAACGAUAAAAUUAACGAGUUCGGUAAAAUUUCAAUUCGACAAAAAAUCCAUGAAUUUUGGUUUAGACAUGAAAUACCAACAUUCCACAAAAUUCAACAGGUAAUUAUGGAUGACCCCGACCUUCCCAAUAUAUCUCAAAGGUUUUUGAAGCGGUUAUUAAAGGGGUUGAAUUUUGAAUAUUUUAAAACAACAAAGGACAGUGCGCUAAUUGAAAGAGAAGAUAUCGUCUUAUGGCGACGUGAUUACAUUAAGGAUAUACGACGUUAUCGUAGCGAAGGUCGAAUGAUAUACUAUAUUGAUGAAAUGUGUGUGAAUGCCCGUGACUGUUCUAGUAACGCUUGGACAGAUACUGAGGUAAAAUCUCGUAGUCCAUCUGAGGGGCUGAAAAUUCCAAGAGCCAAAGAGAAAUACAUGAUAGUCGUCCAUAUAGGUUCAAUUGAAGGUUUUGUCGAGGGUGGACUGCUAUGUUUUGAAUCGAAAAACGAUAAAAUGAAUGACGACACCUUUUACGAGUGGUUCUGCGGGGUUUUGCCUAGAUUAAAUGACAAUUGUAUUAUAGUAAUAGACAACGCUUCUUACCAUUCGGUAAAAAAGGACCCCAUUCCCACAAUGGAUUGGAACAAGGACAACGUAAUCGAAUGGUUGUUGUCUAAAAAUUAUGUCAUUGAUAGACCGAUGGUCAUGUGUGAAUUAAUGGAAAUGGUAAAUAAAAUCGGACCUCUUUAUGAUAAAUAUUUAAUAGACGAAGAAGCGUUAAAAACCAAAAAAGUGGUAUUGCGUAUACCUCCUUAUCACAGUGAGCUGAAUCCUUUUGAGUUGGCGUGGUCGGUGGUAAAAAAUCACGUAAAAAAAAAUAAGUUGACUGAUAUACAGAAGCUGCUUAACGAUGGAGUCCAGCGCGUAACACCCGACAUGUGGGCCGAUUUCGUCAGCCAAACAAUCAAGGAGGAAGAUAAAUUGUACAAUAUCGAUUUUAUUUCUGACGAACUAUUAGAUGCAGAAUUGGAAGUGAUGCAAUCAACAAGAGACACUUCAGUCUUUUCUGAUUAAUAUGUAUGUGUAAUUUUUUUAUUUUAUGAUUGGUAAUUGUAUGUGUUUUUGUAUAUCGUCAUAAAUCAUAAUAUACAUAUUUAAAUAAGUCUUAUUUA